CUUGUCCCCUGCCGCUUGCCGUCUGCGCAGACAUGGCGGCCACCUCGCUCCCUGCAUGGCUGAUCCUGAAGUCACGGGCCGGUACCUUUCGUGCCUUUUCUACGGCUAUGUCUCCGGCAACACGCUCUCCGAGACCAGCCCUGCGUACAACAGAAAGAACGUCCAAACCUGAAAGGGCACUGAGAAGAAAGGCACUACCUCCUAGGACAGAGAAAAUGGCUGUUGACCAAGACUGGCCUAGUGUUUACCCAGUUGCAGCACCGUUUAAACCUUCAGCGGUACCUCUUCCUGUCCGAAUGGGUUAUCCAGUAAAAAGAGGGGUGCCCAUGGCUAAGGAGGGAAAUCUUGAGCUUUUAAAGAUCCCCAAUUUUCUGCAUUUGACCCCUGUAGCAAUUAAAAGGCACUGUGAAGCUCUUAAAGAUUUUUGUACUGAGUGGCCAGCUGCCUUAGACAGUGAUGAGAAAUGCGAGAAGCACUUUCCAAUUGAAAUUGAUACAGCUGAUUAUGUUUCAGCAGGACCAUCUAUUCGAAACCCCAAAGCACGAGUAGUAACCUUAAGGGUUAAACUUUCCAGUUUGAAUUUAGAUGAUCAUGCAAAGAAGAAACUUAUUAAACUUGUAGGAGAUCGAUACUGCAAGAGCACAGAUGUGCUUACCAUCAAAACAGACAGGUGCCCUUUAAAGAGACAGAAUUAUGAUUAUGCAGUAUAUCUACUAACAGUUUUAUACCAUGAGUCCUGGAAAACUGAAGAAUGGGAAAAAAAGAAGACUGAAGCAGACAUGGAAGAGUAUAUUUGGGAAAACAGCACCUCAGAGAAAAACAUCCUGGAAACACUUCUCCAAAUUAAAGCUGCUGAGAAAAAUCUAGAAUUAAGUAAAGAAGAGCUCCUUGGUACUAAAGAAGUUGAAGAUUACAGAAAGUCUGUUGUUAGUCUUAAGAAUGAGGGGGACAAUGAAAAUACCCUUUCUCAGUACAAAGAAUCAGUGAAGAGACUAUUAAAUUUGGCGUGAACUGUGUAGGAAAAUUGCCUUGAUUUAUUAAUUUUAUAAUGUAUAUGUAAUGAUUAUCUAAUUUGCUAUCAAGUUGAAAAUGUUAAAAAACCAUUGUCUUAUUACGUCCGAGUUUAAAAUUAUUUCUUUCAUCCUAAUGCACUAUAGCAGUGAUUAUUCAGAAGUUUUCUUACUUAUACACUGGGGCAAUCAGACUAAUUAGAUCUCUCUGCUUUCUUCUGGUUCUAAAGUAUUUGGGUUUUAUUUCUGCCAUUAACAACCUUAGUAUUCAUACAUAUACAGUAUCAUUUUGUCACCUGCUACAUUGUUCUCUCCACAAAUUAGCACCCAUUGGUUGCUUUUGUAUGGUGAUUUUGGUUGUACAGGAAGCGAGGCCCAGAACCCAGUGCCCUAAAGUUCAGUGUUUUGUUUAUAUAACUGCUAUCUACCUAAUGUGUUUUUUGCAGAUGCUGAUUUUGAUUAGAAACAAGUCGUUGGCAGUAUUUUCUAACCUAAAAGGUUUGUUCCAUCCCUCUAUUUGGCUCGGGGUGGGGGGGGGUCACUUUUUGUUGACUCACUUCUGUUUAGCAUCCAAUUUCCCAUAUUCUUUUGCUCACUUCUCCAAGCCCAAACUUGCAGAAAAGUGAAAAUAGAGAUUACCUGGUAUUUGUCUUUUUGGAUGCUCCAGCUAGAACUUCCACAGCCCGGAAAAGAGAUGGCGUAUAAGGGCCUUGAAUUUAAUUGGAGUAAAUGGCACAAUGUUAACUUCCCUAAGAAACAUUUCAUUCAGUUUAGCUGUUAAUUCAGUAUUUUUAAGUAUCUCUAUAAGUCAUUUCUUACCACUUUGAAAGUUACCAAUAAAUGAUUAAUUUAAAAUCAAAA